AUAAGCAGCCUGUGGAGGAGACAGUAAAUAACAACCCCACUUUCGCCCCACCACCAGACGUGGUUGAACUUUGCAGAGAAGCCUUCCAGAAAACUGCAGAGUAUCUCAGAGGAGAGUUGGAUGGCACUAUUGAAGAUUACAAGCUGCUGGAGAAGAUGAAUCAGCUGACAAUGGGCAAAUACUCCGAGAUGAAACAUAUCGCCCUCAGCAUCAGUGGUGCUCUCAACGAUCUGAGUGACAAAUAUAAAAGUCUGCAACCUUAUCUGGAGCAGAUAGACCAGAUAGAAGAAAGUGUCACAGCCUUAGAACAGGCAGCCUACGGACUGGACCAAUACUCAAAACGUUUGGAAAACAAAUUUAAAGCACUAGAAAAGAGAUGA